GCACCCACAACACCUGUGGCUGGCACUCACACCACCCUGAACUCCCUCAUGCACCAGCAUGGUAGUUUUAUAAACCAUUUACAUCACAUUCUUAUAUACAUAGGGAAACGCUAAACCCAUUGGCGCCAUGCAGAAACUGGGGGUGGAAAGUAAUCAGAUUCAGUCCAAGGUAAGGGAAGAUAACUUCAAUUUCUUGGAUCAAGAUAUCCUCACCGGAAGAAAGGCAACCCCCACAGAGUGGGAGGAGGAGGAAAGAGGGAGGGCCAAUGCCUUUUGACCAGAGGCGACAGCACUAACAGUCGCAGCAGCAACAUUAUCCUCCUCCUCAUCAGCAGCAGCAUCAGUGUUAUCAACAUCAUCAGCAACAGCAACAGGCAAUAACUUCAGCGACAUGAAGAGAUCAAUCACGCUGUUAUUGCUGUUUAUGACAGCUGUUAGCAGCCUAGUGCUCGCUCACAAGCACAUGGCUCAACAGCUGGAAACAAAGAGACGGGAAGAAGCUGUAGAGGAUGAUGGUCAUGAGGUAGAGAAGGAGCUGGAGGAAGAGUUGGAGGCAGAGAUGUCUGGUUUCAACGAAAAGAGGCAUCUGGGUUUCCACAUCUUAGACGAAGAUUCUAACAUUAUCAUAAGUGAACCUACUGACCGAAUCCUGCGGCUCCUGGGCCCUGACCGUGACCCAGACGGACAUAUUCUCAGGAAGAUAAAGGAUUUGUAUGGAAAGCGCCUCAGUGCUGAACAUAGUGCAAGGAACAGUCAUUCUGCCAAUACAAAUAUUAACUUCAUUGAGAUGUUGGCCAGAGAGCAGGAUGCUAACAAGAAGGUAUGCAACAUGUACAGUAUAGUCUUUAAUUUAAUAUUUCUUUUAACCUACAUUUAUAUACUGUAAUUAUCUAAUCACAAAUAGUGGGAGCAUCCAAAUUUUCAUGGCCUAAGAGUCACACACACAAUUUUCAGAUAUCUAUUUCAGGAAAUGCUAAAAAAUUUGCCAAAUCAUGAUAUGUAUCUUUAGAGCAAUGGCAUUAUAACAAGAGGUAAACCUAUAUAUUGUCUUGAGGAUGGCACUGAAUGAAAAAACAAAAAGUGUGCUGCUUGCAAGCUAUGGCUUGGCCCUAUCUGACAAGACUCUUUCAUAAUGGUUAAAUUUACUAACAAGUAUUUACAGCUAACAAAGCACAUUCAGAAAUUGAGUUCAUUCCAAGUUUCAAAGGUUUCAUGUGGACAGCCUAUAUAAUAUUGACUGAUUUUCUUUCAGAGUAAUGGAGAGCAGGAUUAUUUCAUCAAGCACCUCGUCAGUAUGGUCUUUUAAACAUGUGAAAGUCUGGGAAAAUAUACUAUUAAAGAUCACCGAACAACAAUUAUGGCAUAAUUGAGCCAACUUAGAGAUAAAAAAAAAGAUUGUUAUAUUCAGUGACAAGUCUCUUAAGAAUUUUAUAAGGCCUUUACAAUAAAUUUUAGAGAUCUUGGCUCAUGUGAGUCAAUGUGUUUAUAUAUUUCUUAUGCUAGUUUCUGAAUUAUAAUAGUCACC